UUUCUGCCUGCGAAUAAUCCGUCUCAUCGAUCGAAGCCCGAAAAUGCACGACGACCAUUUGUCACAGCUUCCAAGGGAUAGCGCCAACACACCAUGGCAACUGCCUGACUCAGUCAAUGGACGGAUCAUCUCUCACAAUGCAAGUACAUGUAACCGUAAACUGUCUAAUGUGUCUUUGUCACCAUCCACACAUUGCCGACACAUAGGCACACAACCUUUUGGAUCUCUUAAGGGCAUGGCUCCCUGACCGUUUCGAUGGCGGAUAAAUAUAGCAAUGCCUAUGCCGUUCGGCCGUCAACAUUUAUGUCCACGAUGACAGUUUGCUAGACUAGUAUGGGCCGGAUGAUGCCACCGAGUAUAAGUGAAGUUCCGGAUUCAGUUGGCCGGAUGAGCGCUGGUUAUCGACUGCAGUUUUAGAAUUCGUGUGGCACAAACUCAGCAUGGCGAUAUCGGACAAACUGAAGAAAGGAUCGACCAGCGAUUUCCCCAGUGGCUUCGACCGAUGGCUGGCUUUGCAGAGCGUCAGCGACAAGAUUCUACGGCGAGCCAGCACGCUGAAUGCCAUGGAGAAGCUUCGCCUGGAACGGGCCACCAAGCAAAUCGAAUUCAAAAUACAGCUCCGGGAGAGCCACUACGAUACAGUCAACCAGCGGCUGAAGGAAACCCUAAAGGACCACGAUUUGUACAAGAGGGCCCUCUUGAGAAAUGCAGAACCUUUCCGAGACAAUCACCCGAUCCCACCAACUGCCGAGAUGAAGCCGUUUGGGCGAUACCAAGGACAGUACCACUCUAAGAUGGGGAAGGCAAUGCAAAAAGAGGAGGACGAAAUCGCGCAGAGGAGACUACGCAAGAGGAACAAGCUCCUUGAAAAGGCAAAACAAGAGAGCGAGACUCUGAUUGACCCAAAACUGACGACCGAGCAACUUCUGUCUAAUAAGGACAAGCCUCUCUCGGAGAGAUUCAAGCGGAGUGCGGGCAUGCGCUUGGCGACACUGCGCGCCCAGACCAAUGCACUGAACGCAUUCAUGAAAGUCAAACGCGAUAUAAACAUUAAAAAAGAGGCCAGAAAGCACGGGAAAACCGGCCUGUUCAAAGGUGUGUUUCAAACAGAAGACCCCAGAUAAAAAUCAAAACGGUAAAGUUCGAAAUUUUCAACUCUGCAAGUAAUGCGGCGAUGACAAUCAUGUCUAUUUUAAUUAAUGCAGAAUGGCUAUUAUAUCUAACACACAAACAGAAACACAGAUUGGCUUAAUAAUUAACGAAUCAGACGGUUUGAAUAUCAACCGGGUUUGCCAAUGAUUCCUGUAUAUAACCUGCACAAAUUAUAUUGUGGGUAAUGAUAAUGUGGGUAAAUAUGGAAUUGCAAUUUCAAUAUACAGUUGAACCUCAUUAAUAAUAGGUCCUUUGGACUUUGCCAGUUACCUUGUUAAAACAGAAACCUUGUAUUACUGAAUGAAAAAGCGAAGGAUUUGGACCAAAAAAUUUCACUGCCAUUAACAGAACGUUGUAUUAAAAGUGCUGUGUUCUUAUUAACGAAGUUCAACUGUAUAUAAAACUCACAACUAAAAAGUGACGAAAUAACGUUCUGUAGAUAGUCCAUUUGCUUCCUGGUAAAACAUUUGAAAUGCACUGCUUGUCUUUAUCACGUGUGUAAGACAAAGAAGUCUUGUUACAGAAACAAAACAAAAA